AUGUCUUUGAACGUAUUCUCUAUUCACAAUAAUGAUACACUCUGCACAGAAUUAUCCAUGGGCGUGCAAGUAACGCACGUGUUUAGUAAGAAUUACUAUAAAAACAAAAAAGACUUCAAAAAAUACAUAUACGUACCAAAAAUUAAUGAUAGCACUCCUACAAACGAUAACCAUAAUCCAGUAGAUGAAACCACUGAAACCGCCGAUGCCAAUGAUUAUUUUGAUAGCUCGGAAGAGGAUGACGAUGCUAACCUUGCCUAUCAGUUUGAAUCUGAUGAUGAGUCUCUUUCUGAGUCAGGCAAUGAUCAAGUGGAAGGACCUAAUACCUAUCAAAGUACGUCUGUCUUUAACUCUAAUCCUUUGUAUCCUUUUAAAAAUGAAAUGGAGAUGAAGAUCUUGAUGUUCUUUAAGGGUUCACGUGACAGAACAUCCAUCCGAUUAAUAAAGAAAACCACGCAUUUGCUGCGUGAAUUGAUUACGAUAUCCCAUCAAGAAAGGGAUUAUAUUCAGCAAAAACUAGAAGGAUUUAAUCCUCUGCGCAACGUAACGAAGGAUGAUCAUAUUUCCAAAAGCCAUGAUACCAGAAGAAAAUUCCCUCGUCUUGAAGUUGAUGAGGCUACUAUUCCAAACGAAUAUGACCGGUCAGUGGAAUUAUUUUUCAUAAAGCCCUCGCAUCAUUUGCGUUUGUUGCCAGAUUUUACUCCAAACCAGUGUUAUCAUUUGAAUCAAAGACGGAAAAGGGAAGAUAAUAAACAUUUCCAGUCACCAUUAGUAGCUAAAGAAUUCACAAAUGCUGAUACGAAUUUUUGGAUUGGGGAUGUAGUCAGUACCCGCCCAAAUCAACGACAACGCCAACAACAGCUAUAUAUUAUCGCUAAAUUUUUGACAGUGAACGAUGGACUCUUUGUCAAUGUUUUUCCCAACGAUUUUACAGAUAAUUUUCUGUCAGCAGUUAUUGAUUCAACUGGAUCCAACAUUUCUGUAACAGAUAUACUCUUUUGUAUGACGGUUUUGCAGCUUCAUGAACACUGCCAUCCUCGAUUAUGCUCCAAAAUAAUUGACAAUAAUGGUGAAGAUCAAGGCCUAAUCACGCAUGUAGAUUUGGUUAUCGGCAAGCUGAUCCCAACGCCUAUGACCAUUGGAAAAAAACCUAUAGCCUUGAGGUAUAGCUCCGAAACGUACAAUGCUGAGUCAAGAGCAUUAGAAAAUUUUCUUUCUUUUGUAAACCCGGAACAACCAGAGCGUGCCUCCCCGGUUUAUCUUCCUAACAAAGGGCGGGUAACAAGUCAAGGUAAUAUAAAAGAAGCUGGAAGUUCGAACAAAUGGGGAAAAAUCGGGUUCAAGCUGACAGGUACUGAGGGUUUGUUGAAGUUGAAGGCGGUCGAUUCGUCUCAAGAUUUGUCUGUAGAAAUCUUGCAAACUUUGCUUUUGGGAAUAACCAAAUACUGCUUUAAACUCGCUCAUGACUUUUUUUUAAACGUUGAACAGCUUCAACUGUUAACUUAA